UGCUCAGUCUCCAUCUUCUCCUUGACGGUUUUUCCUUCCAGUAGCGACAUUGUCACACCUUUGGAUUUUAAACCGAGAAUAGCUGUCUGCUCCAACUUAAUCUUUGCUCCCCCAACAUUGCAGCUUGGUGGUGGUGUAUGAGAGCCUGAAAACGACACUGAUCAGUCCAACUGCGUGGCCCAAGCUGGACAAAAAGCAAAUGUAGGAUGAGAAAAUAAGCUUUUAAAUACUUUCAGCUUCAUUAACUUGAAGUGUUAGUCAGAGAGGGAAAUUAACCCAACCCCCCCUCCCCCCCCACUUCUCACCUGCCAAUGCCCCUCCCAUGUUUGAACACUAGGGAGAACUAAGAUGAAAUGUGAGGCACGUCUCUGCCCUUCUUUGGCUGCUAUGGAGCCUGCAUUGGUCCCCUGGUGGCCAUCAGUUACACUGCAAAGCAUGAUGUGGGGAGUCUUGGUUGUGUAGUAGAUGCAGAAAGAGGGAGGGGUAGGAGGGCAGCAGGUGCAGACCCUCAAUGGCAUGGAGUGCUGUUGACUAAAGAGAAGUUCUGGGACCUUGCUUCCUAAUUCCCACCACAGAUAAACAGCUGCCUGCAACCUUCCAGGCAAGCUAAUCUUGUUAGAGCCCUGCCAAAAGGCCCUUUGACCGAUGGCAAAGGAAAUGUGAUUAUGCUUGUUUCUCAAUGUCAGGGUCAAAAUGCAGCUGACAUUCCCAGUUCUGUGACCAGAGAUGAUACAAGGUGUGUUUCUACACUGCAAUAAAACCCAUAUGGCUAGCCCAUGUCAACCUACUCAGGCCGGGGAGGGGGCCUAGAAAAUGGCAGGGUAGAUAUAUGGGCUCAGGCUGGAGCCUAGGCUCUGGGACCCCAUGAGGCCCUUAGGCCCUAAUUCUCAGUUGUUCCAUUUCAGUCCCAAGUGCAAUACUGGAGGGAGACCAAGGUGGCUCUAAACCAUUUUUGUGCUCCCCAGACUCCUGGGACAGCAGUGGCAUGGCCCGCCUGACUCUCCAGUAGAGCACAGGGCCACUGUAACUUACACUGGGCUUUGUGUGGCUGUAAAGCAACAAAUAAUGGAGCCCUGAGAUCCAAGUCUGGAUCAAAUGCAAUGUCCUGCUUUUCAGGCAGCUUCGCAGUGGGUUUGACUUGACAGAAAGCAGACUUGGCCCCUCUUUGCACAGCUUGUGGCUCCUGGAUUAAAAUCUAUUACAUGCCUGGCUCCUUUCAGUACUCCCCACCCAUGCUCCUGUGCUGAUUCUAUCAGAUGUAAACCACCUGGGCAGAUAUAAAGAUUAUUUCUCUAGGCUGCCCUUUAUGUCCCACCACCCUUUAACAGGAUGGAUGUGUGAUGGCAAUGUCCUCUUGCCCCGCCUGUCUGCUCAGACCAUCCUUCCACUCUGUUUGGAACUCUGGGACUUUAAAUUCAGAGCGAUCCUGGGGCUCCACCACAGUCUCUGUGUGUUGCCCCUGGGGUCUGUAUUUGGGAUCUCUCCUUAUGUCCUUCCAGAGAUGGGGAAAGCUACACACUCCCCUUCCCGGGGGGAAAUGUUCCACUCCUUGCAGAGUAUAUACAUCACGCAGAGCUGGGCCCAUGUCGGGCAGGGCUGACUCUGCCUCCUAAUCAAUUUUGGUUCUGAGUUAAUGGGCAACUGCACUUUGAAAUGAUGCAGUGGGAUAUCCACUCAGCAGGUUCUAACGAAGGUUAAUGCCAUGCUGCCGUAUAGAAACAUGACAUGCACUCUCCUCUGCCCCAACCUUCCUUCAUGUGCCUAUGUUUCUAAGUUUUAUAUGACCUUUGUAUGCAUACCGCUGAGCUUUGAGCCUGCAUCACUGACUCUUCAUGGGUUAAGUGAAAGGAUCAGAGGCGUGGGAAAUGCUUCCAAUCUGAUUUCUGUGAUAGCAAUCAGCUGUAUGUCUUAAAAGGCUAAAUGUUUCUCUGGCAGAGCUAGAACUAGAGUCUUCGUGGUGGGGAUUCUGAAUUAACCACCAGGAAAUCCCAGACAGUGCAUUUACCUCCAUUCUAACCUGCCUCAGGUGAUUGUGUUAUGCGUAAGGCUGAGUAACUUCAACUAUCUCCAAGUGCACUGAUUGUGGAACUGCUCUGCCUGGUGCCCUAUCAUUGUUACAGAUGAAACCCACCCAUAGAAAUAAGCCAGAGUUGUGCAGUUAACUGGGUUUUAUUCAGCCAUUGUCAGUCAGAAAGCUCUGUCUAUAUGCAAUAUCCUAAGGCCAGUUCAUCCCGUAGCCUGUGUGGGCCAGUGACAGCCAUGGUGUUGAGGCUGUUCAAUGCUAAGAGAAGUUGACUUUUGUUCUCCUCCCCCAAAAUGUUUAAUUGUUUUGUGGGAGGAGGAAGGGGUACCAGGAUGACCAUAGGUCUUACAUACUUCUAACUAUUCAGCUGUGGUAUAGUGCUCUGUGGCUGAUGGCUUCCUUUAUUCUUCUGUCACUGGUUUAGUCUCCUUCUGGGGCAGUUUGAAUAUAGAGGGUGGGAACCAGCCACCUUGCCUUGGAUCACACUCCUUUCUGCUUAGCGAUGCUGUGUUUGAAGAGAAGCAUGCCUGUACAUACUUUCUGUAGUAACAGGCCAAGGAGAAGGCAGAUGGUCCUGUCCUGGGGUCUUCCUGUCAGUUUCAUACUUGUCCCCACAGUCUACGCAGACCAGUAGGAAAAAAGAUUCUAGCCUUGGCUUUGAGGAUGCGCCCAAUGAAAGUGCUGCACUACAGUCUUCCUGAAUGUGCAGUCUCACAGGCUGAGAGAAAGUGUGAGGUUUCCCUCAUUCAGUUCACCCCUUGGUGGUUUAAUGUGGCCCGACUGAAACAAUAAAACUGGAGAAAAUUCAGAACCCAACUUCAUAGCCUCUUGAGUGAGGAGCUUCCUGUCCCAGGUACCAGGGUUGUGAUGAACAAACAAAACCCAGAGUCUCAACUCUAUAUCUCUCUAGAAAGAGUGUAAAGUGUGUAGUGUGAUGCUAGCAUUUGACAGUCACCAAUCCAGGCACUGCCUGAUGUGCACAGACUGUAAAAACUGACUGCAAACAGGUCUCCUAAGACAAGUCACUUUCUAUGUAGGGAUCAAAUCAAUAACAACCUUCAUUUAAAAUGCUGUUCAAAGGUGGGCCUCUGGGGAGGGAAUUCCCUGCCUCUGACCUCAGCUGUUCUGAAUGCUCCUUGGUGUAUGCCCUGUCCCAAACACCUAGGACCUGAUCCUAUCCUCAAGACAACUUUACAAUGGAUUCCCCACCUUUAGAAGGUAAGAAUGCACCAAAUAAAUGUAUUUUCUGAAACUUUCUUGGGAGAGGAUCCCAUUGCCCACAAGUUUCUUGGCCACAGCCAUAAAAGAUGCAACACAAUUGUUCCUUGUAUGUUCCUCUGAUUCAGACAUUAUAAUGGGGAGAGAGAGAUACUGAGCAGUAGUAUCAGCUGUUGAGGGAUUUUCUGAUUGGGCUGCACUAGGGAAGGUUGCCCUAUAUCUAGUACUUCUCCAUUAUUGAGAAGCAGCAGUGGUGACUCCUGUUAGUUAAAGAUGGUGACAUCUAAAGCCUGGUGCUUCUGCAUGUUAAAGGAACAUGGGUGCCUUGAAAUCAAGUCAGGUCAGAACACAUGAAUCAAUUUAGGUUCAAAUCCUACACCUGCCAGUACCUGGUUUUACAGUCGCCCUUUCCUCUGUUUACUAUGGCUUUCCACUCCCUAGAUUGGUGUGACACCCCUUCCCCCCGAGCUUCAGGAGUGCAAGUGUAUAGUAGAAAUAUCCCAGCCUUUGCAAUGUUUGGUGGCCUCCUGUUUCAGGGCUACUGCGUGUUCUGAAGAUGAGAAGGGCCCAAGAAGUGCUAAGUAUUUUCAGCUGUUCUACCUCAAGGACAGAACAAACCAAUAAAAGGUGUUUAAAGAGACUCCAUACCUAUUCUGGGCGGAAGUGCUUCCCACACCCUAGCCUUCUUCACCUUGCAGAAUGAAGCUGGUUCUCACAAAUCAUGCCUGCGCUCGAAAGAGAAGGAGCAUCUUGCCAGAAUUACACCCACUGAUGCUCAUAAAACAAAACAAACUGCCUUGAUCAAAUGUCAUAAGAAUGAAGUGAGUUUUGCAAGGGGCAGGAGGCUUGCUCAGCCUUAUUUUCCCAAAGCUAAUCAUUAUGUGAGUCAUGCAUAUUUGGUAGGAUAAUUUUAUUUAAAAUACACUAUGGUUGGUGUUCUGAAGCUGCAUCUUUGCCUGCCCUUCCCAUCUACCAGAAAAAUGCUUUGCUUAAAGGAAAACUGCAGUUAUUUUGAUGAUGGAAUUAGAUGAGUGCAGAAAAAUGAACUUAAAUCAGAAUAUGGAAGGUGAACCAGGCAGGCUCAGUACUGCAGCUAUAAAUACCUGCAAAUAUUUCAGGAUCUCCAUUUAUAUGAAUUGGGAACCUUUUUGAGUCCUGGAGGAUGCUAUCAAAAUAAUUCUACUAUGAAAAACACAGUAAUGAGAAGAGGGGAGUAAUGUUGCAAAACAGGAUUUGUGACUAUCUGAACAGUGGUGUGGAGUGACAGGGUAUAGGGGUUUUGUUCUCUUUGCCACAAAUACUUGUGCAAAUAGAUUUUUGUUCACAUAAUCGGGAGGGAAAUGGCUCCUCUUUGUGCAAAUGCCUGUGUUUGCACAUCAACAAAGGGAUUUGUGUGUCAAUACAAGAAUUCACUGUUCAAGCCAUAAGUGUUUGGUCCAAUCAGGAUGUGCAAACACAGCCAUAUGAUUGAGGUGACCAGUUACCCAUCACUAAUUGUGAAUAAUCAGAGAUAGUUGAAAGAAGUAGCCUACAGCAGGUUAUUCACAAACUGAAAUCUUCUGUAACGUGACAGACGAGAAUGAAUAAUUUUACCAAACUGUUUGCAGACAAUUCAGCAUCAGGAAAAAGAGAGCUACGUUCAGACUUUUUUUUUAGAGUAGUUUGCCUGGUACAUGGUUUUAGAUGCCUUAAAAAUCCCUACAACACAGAUCUCUCAAGACAGAAAGAUCUGAGCUGCAGAACCAUGUACCCUGCACUGACCUCCACCUUUACUUCUCUGGCUUCAGAAGAUUCAGAGGGAGCCUGAAGAGUCAGAAAACCCUUGAAAAUGUUACAGAAUUUGUCUAAAAAGAGCUGUGAAGAUCUGCAGUCCUUUUUAGCUCUGGCUGUGGUUCUUGUGUUCCUUUCUCAGUUCAGAUCACCAGCCUUGAGCUGGUGCUGCUUCCUCCAUUAUUUUGAUUUUUAAAAAACAGUAGGAUGUCUAUAAGACAUCCUAGUGAUUUAACCAUAUUUUACAUUGUAUCAUGGGGUUAGAAAAUAGUUAAUGCUCCAUUGCAGUUUUUCUUUAAAAUCUGUUAACUCAAACUUCAGUUUCAAUGUUUUUGGCAUGCUAAGGUAACCACUGUUGCCAAAGUUAAUAUACUGAGUAGGUGUCUGGCUUUGGUUUGACGUGGAAGUUUAGUGUGUCAGUUAAACCAAUGACCAUUAAUCACAGGACUCCAAGGGUGUUAAGAGCCUCAACCAACAGGCUGUCUUGGUAAUGCACUAAAAGGUGCCACGUUAUCUCCCAGGUGCAUGCAGGAGAUAUGCAGCUAGUUUGAAACUCAGUGAUUUGCUCAUCACUUAUAUUUGCGUUCUUUUCAAAAAGGGACAGUGGAGAGGAUUUAUCUUGAAACCUGUUCUGAUGUCCCCUCCCCAAUGUUAAUUGCAACCUGUUUGCUGUAAGGAGGGAAAGUGCAAACACACAAUGAAUGAGGUUGGGGGUACAACAGAUGCGGAGUGCAGAGUAGGCUGAUUGGAAAUUGCAUUACCUUGUGAGUAAAACAGAAAAGAGUCCAAUCUUCUGAAGAAAGUGACUACCCAUGAAAUGGGAGUCUUGCCAUGAACUUCACUAGGGCCAGGAUCUCACCCAAAGUGUUUGUUUAUGCAGAUCCCAGGGUCACUGUGUGCGUGAGAGAGAUUGCAGGCAGAGAGUAGCUGCUGCAGGAGAGAGCGCAGGCAGGUAGCCAGGUAACAACUUGGAGAGCACAUGGUCUCCCUAGCAACUUGCUCUUGGCUCCACCUGGGCAUAAUUAGACCAGAGCUGGAAGAGAGAUUCUCUGGGAAACUACAGGGUCUCUAAUUCACCUGGUAACAGAUAGCAGAAUUUCAACUGGGGGAUAUUUAAGAGUCAUCUCCAGCACCCUACGGAGCUCUACAGUGAGGCUUGCAGCUGUGCUUCCCUCUUUCAAUAAAGAGGCACAGCACACAGACAAAAGGUGCCAGCAUAACCUGCUUCACCUUGAGAUAACUAGCCUUUGUGUUGGGCCGAGCUAGAGUAUAUUAACUCAUUGGUAGUACUGCCAACCCCCCAAAAUUCAAAAACCAGGGGUCAGGCCCCACAGAUCGUGGGAUUGGCUUAAAAAUGGUUACAAUUUUUUUUAAUUUGGGUUAUUUCUGUUUGCCGUGUGGUUUUUGAGACUUCAGGGAGUGCUUAGGCUCAAAAAUGAGACCCUUCUCCACAACCAUGAAGGCUAGUAACUUUUUCUAGUGAAAGCUGAGAUUUUCACAUACUCGCUUCCGGGAGCUGGAGCUUUAAGUACCAAUAAAUUGAGAGAGCUGGCAACAAUGCUUAAAGCAGCAUAUCUAAGGCUGGCCCUACGCUAGGUUAUAAACUCCUUGGGGCAGGCAAUGUGUCUCCCUCUGUUUGUACAAGAUUCAAUAAACAAUCUGCUGGUCCCUUGAAUGCUCGGCUCUCAAGGUUGUCGUCUGAACUGAACACCGCCCUGGGGAACCGCCUGUGGCAAACAAUUCUGCCCUGGCCCCUGCUUGGGUCUAGAUAAGAUCAGCUAACAGGCUGUUCCCAUUUCUAACCUGUAUGAUCUUUGCUCUUGUAAAAAUCCCCAAGCAACCAGUGUCUGCAGUGCAGCAGAGUAGUGGAGUGGGAAGGACUCAACUAGAAACAAGUGUCUACUUUAGCUGAUUGAAACCUUUGUUUCCUGGGAGACUGGCUGCACUGACUCUCACAGGCUGAAGAUGGUGGAGCCUUCUGACAUCGUGGCCCUGGACUGCGAAAUGGUGGGCAUGGGACCAUUCGGAACUGAAAAUGGAUUGGCCCGUUGCAGCAUCGUAGAUUACUACGGCAACGUGGUCUAUGACCAAUUCAUCCGACCAGAAGGUGUUGUAACAGCUUUCAGGACCCCUGUGAGCGGAGUUCGUCCAGUGGACAUGGAAGGGGCCACACCAUUCAGGGUUGCCCGGGAACAGAUUUUACAGAUCCUGAGACACAAGCUGGUGGUUGGCCAUGAUUUACGCCAUGACUUUGAAGCACUGAAAGAAAACAUGUUGCACUACCGGGUCUAUGACACGUGCAAUGACCGGCUGUUGAGAAGGGAAAGCGGGCUGGGAAACUCCAGGCGCGUCUCCCUCAAGGUCCUUUGUGAAAAGCUGCUCAAGAAAAGCAUCCAGACUGACAGAGAGGGCCACUCCUCUGUGGAAGACGCCAGGGCGGCCAUGGAGCUCUUCAAGUUUGCCAGAUCAAAAGGGGAUGGCUCCAUUUAAGGGACUUCUUGCUUUUCUGUGUCUCAUCAGGUCACAUGUGCAGCUGCGCUAAAGGUUACGGGACGGGCUCCUAGUAACAUGUCCAGUGAUGAUCUUGUUAUGGGCUGAGUGAAUGUCCCAUGUGGGUAGGGUGACCAUAUUUCCAAAAGGGAAAACAGGACACCACACGGGGCUGGCCCAAGCACCCUCCCCCAUCUCCCCAUGGGGCUGGCCCUAGCUGCUCACCUGAGCCCCUGUCCCUAUUCAAAGCUGGGGUUGCUGCUCAUUUGAGCUCUGUCUGCCUGCCACUCAUCUGAGCCCUGCCUGCCGCUCGAGGCUGCCGCUGCUCACUUGAGCCCUGCCUGCCCCCUAGGGUUGACAUUGGGAGGGCUGCCCUUUUGCAGGGAUAUGACCCUUUUUCUGCAAUAUAAAACCACCAUAAUAUUGCUCAAGAAUCAGAGGGGUUUUGAUCACCCCCGGGUGAUGUGCUGUGGUCACUCAUCUUGGAUAUAUGUGUAGAAAUACAAGCUCAGUAUGGAUAAUGAACCCAUCGCAUUAGUCUUGAGCCAACCAUCCCAUGGGUGCCCAGAGCUUCUGGUAUGACUAGCUGCAUAACUUAGGCUCCAUAUGGAAUAAAAGCUAGAGAUCCUUAAUGGCUGGUAUAGGAACUAAUAUGUAGUGCUAAAGGGUCUUGUGAGUGUUUUGAAAGAAGUAUAAACCUGCCUCGUGAGAACCGGGCAGCUGUGGAUUGAGGCUGGGAGUCAGGUGACUGAGUUCUAGUCCCCAGCUCUGCCACUGAAACACUGUCCCAUGUUGGCCCGAAUAAUUCCUGUGUCAGCUUCUCCGUCUGUAAACGGGGAGGUAGGGAGCGAUGAUGCUGCUUGCCCAGCUUCGUGAAGUGCUUUCAGGUCUCUGGACAUGAAGUGCUAUAGAAGUCUGAUUAUUGUUAUAAAUGAAGCUCAUGGUCCUUGCAUUGCAACACAAUGUCUUGAAUAAAAAUAAAAGAUGCUGUGAAAAUCAAAA